AUGCCAUCAGCAUACCAGAAGGCCCUUGAUGGGCCAAAAUUCAAAAGCUCGGUGAUUAAGCAUUAUGCCAUCACUAGGUUCACCAACCUCAUUCCUCGAAAAGAGCAUCUUGUGUUUGAUUCUUAUUUCUGGAACCCGUUCAAACCGCUUACUCAAUUAAAUGCUCGUCAAUGGAAUUUAUUUUUUGCCGGUUUUUGGUGCUGGACAUGGGAUGCCUUUGAUUACUUUUCGGUUUCUUUGAACGUCAGUGCCUUGGCUGAACAAUUCGAUGUCAAGACUGCCGAUGUCACUUGGGGUAUUACCUUGGUGUUGAUGCUUCGUUCAGUAGGGGCGGCGUUUUUUGGAAUCCUUAGUGAUCGUUACGGAAGAAGAAUCCCUCUUGCUGCCCUGAUGAUCUGCUUGACAAUUCUUCAAAUCGGACUCGGGUUCGUCAACACAUAUCAACAAUUCUUGGGGGUUAGAGCGAUGUUUGGGAUUUUCAUGGGUGGGAUUUUUGGUCCGGCUUACGCGAUUGCUUUGGAAAAUGCCCCUGAUACAGCCCACGGGAUUCUUAGCGGGAUCUUCCAAGAAGGAUACGCUUUUGGAUAUUUGUUGGUGGUGUGUUUCCAAAGAGCCAUCACCGAUAACUCUAGCCAUAGUUGGAGAGCGUUGUUUUGGUUUUCUGCCGGUCCAUCGGUAUUAUUUGCCAUUUGGGUGUUGUUGGUUGGGGAAAGUGAUUCUUAUUUGAGACACGUUCAAUUAAUGAACACUUCUUCAAACGAAAAUGCUAGCAAAAGAUUUAUCAACCAGGGGAAAAUGGCGUUUAAAAGAUACUGGGUUGUGUGUAUUUAUUUGGUGCUACUCAUGACAGGGUUCAAUUUCUCAUCGCACGGUAGUCAAGAUUUAUAUCCUACAUUACUCACCAAGCAAUUGGGAUACGGGGUUGAUAGAUCAACGGUUACGAAUUCUGUCGCCAACUUGGGAGCCAUUGCCGGAGGGCUUCUCUUUGGACACCUUAGUAAUUACAUUGGGAGAAGAAUGGCGAUUAUCAUUUGUUGUAUUGGGGGAGGAGCGAUGAUUUAUCCUUGGGCGUUUGUCAGAAAUAGCGGGAUCAAUGCCGGGGUAUUUUUUUUACAAUUCUUUGUGCAAGGAGCUUGGGGGGUUGCCCCAAUUGUGUUGGCAGAAUUAUCACCACCAGAAUUUAGAAGUUUUGUCGGGGGGUUGGCGUACCAAUUGGGUAAUUUAGUAUCGUCUGCCUCUUCAACCAUCGAAGCAACCAUUGGGGAAAGGUUUCCUAUUUACGAUGCCGAUGGGCAAAAGAAGGAAGGGGUUUACAAUUAUUCUAAAGUGAUGGCGAUCUUCAUGGGCUGUGUUUUCGGAUACCUUCUACUCAUCACAUUUGUUGGUCCAGAAAACAUCCAUGCUGAUUUAAGUUACAAAGAUGAGGAAAACGAUAAUGAGAAGAAUGAUGAUUCCAAUUCUUUGGAUGUGAAAGGAGAUGACACUGAGUAUCUCGAAACAGUUUGA